AUCGUUUCGAAGGGCCUGACUCAUGCCUUUUGAAUGCUCGGGAUAGGCGGCAGAGGGAGACGGGAGGUUUGCUCAGCCCGGGCGGCGCAGCCAAGCGGCGACGCAGCACGUCCCGGCAGCGGCGAGGCAACGGCGCGGCUGCUCCCGUUUCAAGCCCACCUCGGCGCGCGCCGCCGGCGCUCGGCUGCCGCCGGCCCCCGGAGCGGCAGCGCCCGGCCCGCAGGCUGGGCUGCCCCGCGGCCCCCGGCAUGGCGCAGGAGGCGGCCCCCGUCCUGCUGGUCUUCCUCACCCGGCUGGCGUCGUGCACGUGGCACGAAGGGUCCGGCUAUUACGCCGCCGAGGGCCGCACCAACGAGGUGUACGUGGAAGAGCCCCCCCCCGAGCCCGCCCUGGACUACCGCCGAGGUAACGGCCGCCCACGCCCGCCUCGGGGGGGAAACCGAGGCACGGCGCGGCCGCCCAGCCCGCUCACGGCCCGUCUGCCCCGCAGUGCCGCAGUGGUGCGCCACGCUCAGCAUCCACCACGGCGAGGCGACCUGCUACUCGCCCCGGGGCGGCGGCUACCGCAGCAGCCUGGGCACCCGCUGCGAGCUGAGCUGCGCCCGCGGCUACCGGCUGGUGGGGCGCAGCGCCGUGCUCUGCCUGCCCAGCCGCCGCUGGUCCGGGAUGGCCUACUGCCGACAAAUCCGGUGCCACGUGCUGCCGGGGCUGCUGCGGGGCUCCUACGCGUGCUCGGCCGGCGUGCAGAUGGAUUCCCGCUGCGACUACGCCUGCCUGCCCGGAUACCAGCUGGAGGGCGACCGGAGCCGCACCUGCCUGGAGGACGGGCGCUGGAGCGGGAGCGAGCCAGUCUGUGUAGAUAUCGACCCCCCCAAGAUCCGCUGCCCGGACUCCCGCGAGCGGAUAGCAGAGCCGGGCAAGCUGACGGCCACGGUGUACUGGGACCCUCCCCGCGCCAAGGACUCCGCCGAUGGCGUCAUCAAGCGGGUGACGCUGCGCGGCCCUGAGCCGGGCUCCGAGUUCGCUGAAGGGGAGCACGUGAUCCGCUACACCGCCUACGACCAGGCGUACAACCGGGCCAGCUGCAAGUUCAGCAUCCGUGUCCAAGUGCGGCGCUGCCCCAUCCUGAAGCCGCCGCAGCACGGCUACCUCUCCUGCACCUCUGCCGGCAACAACUAUGGGGCCACGUGCGAGUACCUCUGCGACGGAGGCUACGAGCGCCAGGGGACCUCCCUGCGCGUCUGCCAGUCCAGCCAGCAGUGGACGGGCUCGCAGCCCAUUUGUGCACCCAUGCAGAUCAACACGGACGUGAACUCAGCCGCCAGCCUCCUGGAUCAGUUCUACGAGAAACGCCGGCUCCUCAUCAUCUCGGCCCCCGACCCCGCUAACCGCUACUACAAGAUGCAGAUCUCCAUGCUGCAGCAAGACACAUGCGGGCUGGACCUGCGUCACGUCACCAUCAUCGAGCUGGUGGGGCAGCCCCCGCACGAGGUGGGCCGCAUCCGGGAGCACCAGCUCUCCGCCGGCAUCAUUGAGGAGCUCAGGCAGUUCCUGCACCUCACCCGCUCCCACUUCAACAUGGUGCUGCUGGACAAAGCGGGCACCGACCGCGAGCGCUACAUCCUGCCCGUCAGCCCCGACGAGCUCUUCAACUUCAUCGACACCUACUUGUUGAGUCAGCAGGAGGUGGCCCAGCGGGCACAGAGCGGGGACACCUGCGAGUGAGGCGGCACGGUGGGGGGGGACCCUCCUGCCAGCCCGGCCUCGGAGAACGGACAAAUUCCUUUCUGCUUUUCUAGUCGCCCACUGUAGAGGAGAACCAGGGUGCCGAGGCCUUCCGGGGGAAGGGGAGCCAGUCUCAGGCAGGGGAGGACAGGACGGGACAGGGGCCGUGCGCGAGCGGUGCCCCCCUGCUGAACAGCCAGGAGCAUCAGGAGAUGCUGGAGCACCCCCGUGCAACCUGGCACAGGAGGGGGGCCCCAGCCCUGCGGGGGGAGCAGGGAGCCCAACGGGAGGACAGACCAGGGCAAGGACGGGCGAGGCGACAGCACAAAAACCUCACCCAGCAGCUUCACCCUGGCCUUGGCUGUCCUCACCCCGUACGCAACUUGAACCCGCUCCCUCGUCGCCUGGGGGUCGGUCCCCGCCAGCCGGCCGGGUGCUGACGCCAGAGUCCUGACGGAGCCAGGGCUGGCGGAAAGCCUUUAUUAAAAGCAGAUGGCCCCACGCUCAAAGACACAGUAACAGACAUUCAGUGCACAAACCACCCGUAACAGAUUGUAAUCUGCACCCUACAAUUUGCCUCUCCUUCCACCCAGCAUUGUGGCCCUCUUCCUGGGAACUGUUUUGGCAGUAGAGUAUUAACUUGACAUGAAUAAAUUUGUAUAAAAAGUCA